GGGAAAUGUCUCUUCUGUAAGGCUGUUGACAAAAAGGUUAGAGACAAUACUGGCAAACGCAGAAAGGUAGAAAAGUUAAGUAGAUGCAUGACUAAGGAAGCUGCCGAAGCAAUACAUAGAUCUGCGGAAAUUUACAACGACGAGGACAUGCUGCUUCUAACUCGUGUCUCUAAAGACUUUGUUGCUUUGGAAAUUCAGUACCACCGAUCCUGCUACUCAGAAUACACCCCUAGGAAGAAACUGACUGCAGCACAGAAAGUUGCAUCAGGUGUAGCAGGACAAGGUGACAAGGGCACCAUUUAUGAGUUAGCUUUCACUAGUCUUGCUGAGGUUGUUGAAGAGCGAAUCAUCCAUCAACAUGAAGUAUUAGGUCUGUCGUGUGUGACGUUGAUGUAUGAGCGUACUUUGAUGGAUUUGGAUUCAGAUAUCCAACCUGGUCAGUACCGUAGUGAAAGGUUAAAGCGUCGUCUCGAGAACCAUUUUGGUGACCGGUUAGAGUUUGGGAAGUCUAGCCAUCGCAAAAUCAAGUCUGUUGGCUUUCUUGUGUAUGCUUCUGACAUCUCCCGUGCUCGCCUUAUAGAGUUUUACUACACGCGUCUUUCUCAAACAGAGGAUGAAGAUGGUUCUUCAGCUGCAGAUAUUGAUAUAGAUUGGACUGCGCCAAGAGAUUCGCAAACAGAUGUUGCGGAUGCGUUCCACACAGCCGCCUGUCUGAGGAACGUCAUGUUAGAUAUCCCCUCUAGUCCAUGGCCACCAGGACCACAAGAUCUCGAAAAUUCGGACGUCGUUCGAUCGGUUCCUGCCGCCUUGUUCAACUUUCUUGCUUGGCUUGUCGUAGGUCCUGAAAAGAGUGAAAAUGAAUUAUCAUCUGCUUUCUCUUCUCAUCUCACUGUUACUUCACCUUACCAUAAACGCCGUAUAUUGUCCAUAGCUCAAGAUAUUAUUUUUUGCUGUAUGACUGGAAGAGUUAAGCCACCGAAACACCUGUCUUUGCCAGUCACUGUUCACCAUUUGACUGGCAGCACUCAGCUUGUACAACUACUAAAUCGUUUUGGCCAUGCUAUUAGCGUAUCUCGGCUUCAGCGGCUGGAAACAGCUAUUGCACAAAAUCGGUUGUCAAGAAACUCUCAACUCCCUUCAAAUAUCAUCUCAAAUGUCCCAGCCGUGUUUUGUUGGGACAACAAUGAUAUCAUGGAAGAGACGCGUACCGGAGCUGGAACCACCCAUUGCACUAAUGGAAUAGUUAUACAACGAUCUUCUCGCAAUUGCGACGUAGCCGUACCGUUGCCAAAAGGGCCAUCAAAGCCGCACCCUUCGCCUGUGGAGCUUGAUCACUACAAUGCGCAAUGCGGGUCGAAGAAAAGGUCCUACUUCGACUGA